CCCCCAGGCUGGGCUUGGGGAGGGGGCUUUGGGGUUUCCUCCCGCCGCCGCUGCUAAAGCCCAGCCCAGGAAAUUCUUCCGGGCAGCCUCUCAAGCCCCUCUUUGUGAGCCUGGGAUUUUUAAAAUGCCUUCCCCGGCGGUUGCGGACGCGGUGCCCGGCUCCCGGGGCUGCUUUGGGACGAGGGGAUGGGGACGGGGCAGGGAGCGGGGCCGCCAGACCCAACCUUUAGGGCAGGGGCUGCCCCCAUCCCACUGAAGCCACCGAACCCGAGGGUUUCCACGCUCCCUGCGCACCCCUCAGCAUCCUCCAGCACCCGUUGGGCUGCAGGGGACCGGGUUCGGAUCCCCCGGGGUUUGGGUUCGUGCCUCCUUCCCCAGCUGGCCGCAGCCUCCCCUCCAAACCCCGCUGGCUUGGCCCUGCUGCACCGGCCCCGGUGCCAAGAUCCCAAUUUUCUGCCUCGCACGAGGCCCCCGGGGUGACCUUUAUCAGAUAUUGGGGUGCUGGGAUGCGGGGUAAAGGCUUUAAACCAAGAGCGGGGAGAUUGGGGUUGGAGAUUGGGAAUGGGGUCCUUUCCAACCCAACCCAUCCCAUGGGUUUUUUGGCCCCGUGAUUCCUCCCCAAACCGAUCCCCUGACCCCACAGCUCCAUGAGCACACAGCUUGGGGUCCCCCUCGUCCCCACGGGGCCGCGGUGGGGAGGAAGCCACCGGCUUCAUCCGGGGCUGGGGGGGCGGUGAGAGGAAGCGACGGCGCGAAGGCGCGGGUCCCCUCCCCGGAAGGAAGGCGCUUUUGGGGCCCAGCACCCCACUACCGGGACCCCUACGGUGUGGGGCCAGGGGGUUCCCCUCUCCCCUAUCCCUUUGGCACCCCAAAUUUCCCCACGCCGCAGCCCCCUCUCCGCGCAGAGCCGCCCGCUGCCAUGCCGCUGAGCGUGACCUUGGCCGGCCCGGCCCCGUGGGGCUUCCGCAUCACGGGGGGAAGAGAUUUUGGGAAACCCAUCACCGUCUCCAAGGUGAUGGAGCAGGGGAAGGCGGCCGCCGGCGACCUCCGCCCGGGGGAUGUCAUCGUCUCCAUCAACGGGGAGAGCGCGGCCGAGAUGCUCAACGUGGAGGCGCAGAACAAGAUCAAGCAGAGCCCCGGGGAGCUCCGGCUGCAGGUGGAGAGGCUCCCGCCGCCCUCUCCCAGCCACAAUGGGGACAGCUCUCCGGACAGGCUGGCCACACGCUUCCAGGACACCAUGAGGAUGCGGGAGGAAGGCUCCUGGAGACCCCCACCCUUCGCCCCCCAGCCCGCCAGCCCCAUCUCCCUCAUCCCGAGGCUCGCUGAUGGCCGGGGCGAGCUGGGGCUCGGUGGCCACGGCUCCCAGUCCCUGCCCAGUGCGCCCGAGGAGCUGCCACCACGGCCCAGCCUGCCCCAGGAGCCAAGAAGCCACCACAACAGCUCCCCAGGGCCUCUCCUGCCUCCUUCCCCCCGGCCACCGUCGCCACCGCACCCCUGGGAGCCGGGCAGGGAGCAGCGCCUGCCUUCGCCCUCCCCCGGCCCCCGCAGCAGCCCGGGCCCCGAACCGGCCAUGAGGCGCUUGGAGGAGGACUCGGAGGUGUACAAGAUGCUGCAGGAGAACCGGGAGCUGCGGGCGGCCCCGCGGCAAUCCAGCACCUUCCGCCUGCUGCAGGAGGCUCUGGAGGACGAGGGCGGAGCCGGCCCUGCAGCCCCCUUCCCCAGCCGGCUCUCGCCCAGCGCCCGCAAGCCGGUGGCCGGCGUCCAGAAGCUGCACACGUGCGAGAAGUGCGGCAGCAGCAUCGCGACGCAAGCGGUGAGGAUCCAGGAGGGUCGCUACCGGCACCCGGCCUGCUACGCCUGCUCCGACUGCGGCCUCAACCUGAAGAUGCGGGGACACUUCUGGGUGGGCGACGAGCUGUACUGCGAGAAGCACGCCCGCCUGCGCUACCAGGGCGCCCCCACUGCCCCCACCCCAUCCUGAGCCCCCCCCCCUGCCACCCGCCCCCCAGCAUCUGCGGGGAGCAGAGGGCACCCGCGGCACCCCGGUGGCCCCGCUGCUUUGGUGCUUUUGGGUGUGCAAUGAGCGGGGUCGGGUCUCAGCCUGGCUGUGCCGUGGGGUCCCUCGCUGGCACCCAUGGGGACGUGGGGGACACUGGGGACAUGGGGGACACGGGGACGCUUGAGCACGCAGGCACCGGAGAGGGGGCUGGCACCGCUUCGCACCCUGCCUUCGAGGAAUUAAAGCAGAUCUCUAUAUAAAUAUAAUAUA